AAACCAAGAUGGCCGACAAAGGCCAGAAACACUGAGUCCUUUUGUAGGAGGAGAUGCCUGCAGUUAAAAACAUUGGUAACAUCAAGUAACAUCUAAGGAGUAAUACCAUUGUAUUGAUUUUAUAUUUGGAGGAAAUUAUAAUUAAUCAUAUGGCCAUUAGAUUUGUUUUUAAAUAAUUUUUUGUAUUUUAAGAAACUGAAGUUCAGAAUUUUUUUUUUCACAUCUAAAGAAUAAAAAGGCAAAUAAUCCUGAGGAUUUCAUGAUUCAUUUUAAAUCACGAGCAGCUGUCAUUCUCACUGUGUCGAUGAUUCACUAGAAUGAGUUUUAAACUGUUGAAAUCUGAAUUGCAGUUGUGACAGAGUCUCAGUCUGUCCUGUCGUAGCUGUUUGUCCUCCAGUCCAGCAGAGGGAGUACUUUUACUGUGAGUACUCUGCGUAUAGUGUGAUGUGGUACUUGUGUACUUCAGAGUCUCAGUGAGUCAGAGAGCACAGAACUUGCUCCUCUGUCUCUGAGUGUAGUGGGUGUGUUUGUCCUCCAGUCCAGCAGAGGGCGCUGUUCGCUUCGCUCUCCUCUCAGCGAACUGUCGUCGACGCGGAACUCGGUGUCUCUGUUUACUUCCCCGCUGGCUCUCUUUGUUCGCUGGAGGCUCAGAUUGCGCAGAAAAGGAGGAAAAUGUGCGCCGUGCAGCUGCUGCGGGUGUCGGUCCACGAGCGGAUCAGCGCCGCCGCUGAAGACUUUCUGCUGCAGGUGGAGAAAGGAGAAGAAACGGCAGAAAUCCCGGCGCUGAGAGCGCUGCUCACCGAGCGGCUAAAGGCGGCGGCGGAGGAGAUCGUCGGUCUGUUUGAGGAAACCGUGGCGGAGUACGAAGACAGAGUGGAGCGGUCAGAGCGGGAGAUCUGCCGCCAGAGGAGGCUGCUCGAUGCCGUGCUGAAGCCCGAAGUCAGGCUGCACAGAGCAGAUGUUGAGCAGCUGCUGAGGAAAGAAGAGGUUCCCCCUGAGCAGCAGGAGUGGAGCCCCAGUCUGGACCAGGAGGACCCAGAGCCCCCCCACAUUAAAGAGGAACAGGAGGAAGUGUGGAGCAGUCAGGAGGGAGAGCAGCUUCAAGGGCUGGAGGAGGCUGAUAUCACCAAGUUCACCUUCACUCCUGUCCCUGUGAAGAGUGAAGAUGAUGAAGAGAAACCUCAGUCCUCAGAGCCUCAUCAGAGUCAGACUGAGGAGAACAGAGAGGACUGUGGAGGACCAGGACCAGAUAGGAACCUAGGUCCAGUCAUUGAUUACAAAGCUUCAGAAUUCUCUGUAGCUGAAAUUGAAGUGAGCUGUGAUGACUGGGAGGAGACAAGUGAAGCUCAGUCUGGUUUAAAGUCUCUGGAAAGUAACGACGGCCGCGUCAGUGAGAAACCAUUCAGCUGCCCCGAGUGUGGGAAAAAAUUCACAAAGGGCAGAUUUCUGGAGACUCACAUGAGAAUCCACACGGGAACAAAACCAUUCAGUUGUUCAGUGUGUGGGAAAAAAUAUACAAGAAAGGGAUAUCUGAUCCAACACAUGUCUGUCCACAGAGGAGAGAAAGGACAGAGCUGCAGCAUCUGUAACAAAAGACUUGUCUGGCAGGCGGGAGUGGAGCGCCAUCAGUGUGUUACAGGGUUUCCACAGCUUCACCUCAGCUCCUCUGCUGCUGCUGUGAGCUGUAACACUGUGAGCCUCUCUGAGUGUGAUAAAAGACUCUGCUACAGUCAUCAUCUGAAAAAAGACCUGGGAGCUCACACUGAAGAGAAUCUGUUCAGCUGCUCAGUCUGUGGAAGAAAAUUUACACAAAGAGGAUAUCUGAUGCAGCACAUGGCACGCCACACAGGGAAGAUCCGAUACCGCUGCUGUGUCUGUGAGAAAACAUUCGCUUGGCGUCAUGAGCUCAAAAACCACAAAUGUGGCAAAGAUUCAUCACAGCUCAGUCAGACCGAACCUUCAGACAGCAGCUCAACUCAACACAGGAAAACAGAGUCUGAUGGAGAAUCUGACUCUGAUGACAAGACUUCAGACUCCUCUGAACCUGAGACUGAAGUCAGAGACAAACCUCAGACAGGUUUAAACUCGGAGACAAACAGUGAAGUCCCUGUGAGCAAUGAGGGUGGAGGUUCUGACAAGAAAUCUUUUAUCUGCUCUGAGUGUGGAAAAGCCUUUUGUGGUGAGGAGAAUCUGAAGAUACACAUGGGAACUCACACAGGAGAGAAACCGUUCAGCUGUUCGUUUUGUGAUAAAGGAUUUACACAGAAAGGACUUCUGACAAACCACGUGGACGUCCACACAGAGGAGAAACGCUUCCUUUACUGUGUUUGUGGCAAAAGAUUUGCUUGGCGUUACAACCUCAAAGAGCAUCAGUGUGUUGGUGAGUCCUCAGAGCCUCCAGCCAGAAGCUCAAAGACUCAGGCUGAGGUCAGUGAUGAUCAGUGUAAGGAGACCAGGGAACCUCAGUCAGGUUUAAACUCUCCAAACAAAGAUGAAGUCCCUGAAGGGGACAUGAGAGGUGAUGAUUCAGAGAGACCGUUCAGCUGCACUCAGUGUGGGAAAAGAUUUCGUCGCAAGAAAAAUCGGCAGGAGCACAUGAGAAUUCACACUGGAGAGAAACCUUACGGCUGCUCAGUGUGCAUGAAGUACUUUUCAUGCAGUGGAUCAUUACGAAAACACAUGAGAAUCCACACCGGAGAGAAACCAUUCAGCUGCUCGGUGUGUGGGAACCGUUUCACUGAGAGUGGACAUCUGAAGGUUCACAUGAGAACGCACACAGGAGAGAAACCGUUCAGCUGCUCAGUCUGUGGGAAAAGCUUCACCUGGAGGCAAAGCUUCAAUAAUCACAUGAAAUAUCAUACAGACACAAAGAGAGAGGUGAAGUAGAGAUUCGCGUCUCUGAGACGGUCUCUGAAAUAUACUGAAGCUAAGAAAUGUAAACUUCUAAAACGUGCCUUAUUUAUCGUUAUGAGUCCACUUCACGGCAUCAAGACAAACUGUGAAUUUAUGAACCAGAUGAUCAAAGGUCACAUGAUACAGUCACAGUUACAUGUCUGUUAAACCAAUGAAGGUAUUUUAUCACAAUGAUGUAACAAUACUGUCAAAUAUAAAUUCCUAUUAAUGUACUAAUACAACCAGAGACAGAAACAGUGUAAACUCUACAGAAAUAUAUAUGAGAUGAAUAGAUUCUGUUGUCUCAUGCUAUGUAUUGACCAGCCAAUAUUCACAUUUAAUGUAGAAGAAUUUCUAUAAGCUCCCUCAGUGAAUAUAUGAUAUCCUUUCUCUGUUGAUUUAGUAGAAUGGUGAUUCUAUUUUCUGUUCUUUAUUCCUUUCUCCUGGAUUAUGUACAGAUUGGCCUGUUUGAAUGAACUGAAUCUGUAACCAACGAGAAAGAUGAUCAAACGUCACUGAUGUCAGUUUCUGCUUCUUUAUAAUCAGUAAAGUAUUUUAGAAGAUGGA